UCCCCUCAUUGAAUUUUCCACCCCCAUUCUCAGAUGAUCUCAAAAUAAUUUCUUUUUUUUUAGAAAAAAACCUCACUAGAGAUAGAGAGAAAGAGUUUUCAGUUUUGAGUCUUAAGGAGAGAUGUUGGGUGUAUUCAGUGGUGAGGUGGUGGAGGUCCCGGCGGAGCUGACGGCCGCCGGGAGCCGAACCCCGUCUCCUAAGACGCGGGCAUCGACGCUGGUCGAUCGAUUUCUCGCCAGCUCCGGCCCCGCGGUUUCAGUGCAGAUCGCCUCCCUCGGCCACCUCGCAUAUUCCAACAAAAAUCAAUCCCUCUUCAGGCCCAGGAGGUUUGCGGCGAAGGAGGAGAUAUUCUGCGUGUUCGAGGGGAUGCUGGACAACCUGGGGAGCCUGUGGCAGCAGUACGGGCUGUCGUCGAAGGGCGGGGCGGCGGCAGCGGCGGACGAGGCGGUGCUGGUCAUCGAGGCCUACAAGGCGCUGCGCGACCGGGCGCCGUACCCCCCCUCCUUCAUGCUCGCGCACCUCUCCGGCGACUUCGCCUUCGUGCUCUUCGACCGCUCCACCUCCUCCCUCCUCGUCGCCUCCGAUCCAAAUGGGAAGAUCCCUCUAUUCUGGGGAAUCACUGCAGAUGGGUGUGUUGCUUUUUCUGAUGAUGUGGACUUGCUCAAAGGAUCAUGUGGCAAAUCACUUGCACAAUUCCCCCAAGGAUGUUUCUACUCAAACUCUCAUGGAGGCUUGAGAAGCUUUGAGAACCCCAAGCACAGAGUCACCGCGAUCCCCGCAGACGAAGAAGAGAUAUGUGGGGCCACUUUCAAGGUGGAAGGAGCAUUUGUUGCAGCAACAAUCUAGAGAAGGGAAAUUAAGUUACUGCUCAUCUCUGCUCAUGGACAUGCAAGUGGUAGUCAUGUACAUAGAAGUUGGAUCUUUUGUGCUUCCUGUGUAGCAGCAGUACUGUCCUUUAAUAAGUUUGCUUUCUCUUUGGUGUUCUUUGUAUUAACCGCGCCGAUCUCCGCUUUUAGUUUUUGUUUGAGUUCAGUGAACAAAUUUGACAAAUAAUCUUAGUUUGUGUGCUCUGUUGCUUUUUAAUCAUCAUGGCUUACCCAUGUAAAUCUAAUAAAUGCUGGAGCUUCUAGUUGUCAGAUGAAAUUUCCAUGAGAAUUUUGGAA